AUGCUGAUUCCGUCACUUCUGGAACUUUCCGCUAGCGCUGUAUCCUCUGCUAUUAUAAAUGGCACUCCUCCUGCUGAAAACACCGUACUGCUUCCAGAAGUCUCCAACCUAAUAUUCGAAAAAUUUGUUCAGAAUUUCGAAGUCCUAGUCACCCGAAGACAAGCCAAAGACAUUUGCACAAGUCUCAACAUAUCAAAAAUCGAUUUAAGACACAAAGUUUUGAGGCGAAUCGAUUUUUGGAUUAUUCGAAAUCAAAAUUUGAUCUCCCUGGCACUUGGAGAUUUGUCCGGUUUGGAAACUUUCACUAUAGAUCGUGAGGAUUUUUUAAAAAUAAUAAAAAAUUUGGAAGAAAAAUUUUUUCCAGACUCUGAAUAUUUCAUAAAAAUUCAUCCGAUGCUCCAACGUCUUCUGAAUUCUGAAUCUCAGAAAAAUCUGAUGCAUUUGGAUAUUAGUGGAUUUGAAGGAACAUUUACACCGAAAUGGAUUUGUCGAACCACCAAAAUGCUGCCAUCUCUCAAAAAUUUGAUCAUUUCUGGAAGAAAAAUUCACAAUCGAGAAAUCCGAAAAAUUGGAAAACAUUUACCGAAUCUUCAAUUUUUGGAAAUUUCGAAUACUGGAAUAACGAGAAUUGAUGGAAUUUCGAAAUUGAAGAAACUGGAAAUUCUGGGAAUCGGAGGAUUGAAUUCUGAAGAUUCUGGAGUUUUAAUGGAACUUUUUGAGUUGAAGAAUUUGAGAGUUUUGGAUUUGUCUAGAAAAAAUUGUGUCUGUUGCGAAAAAACGCAACUCCUGAACCAAUACCUCUCCUGUAACAAAAUUCUUCCAAAUCUGGAAUUUAUCGAUUGCUCAGGAACCCUGUGUACCAAUGAAUCUGUCUGGAAACUUGCCAAAUCUCAUCCACGUCUUCGAAAAAUCUCAAUAAUAGAAACUGAAGCAACGUUAUCUGAAAUUCCGAAUUUGGAAAUUAUGAGUUUAGCGAAUUUGAGCUCCUGUGUGAAAUGUCUAAAAUGGUACAAGACACAAAUCAACUACCCCAUUACUGCAUCGAUUUUGAGAGAGAUUCGAAACUUUUUGGACGCGGAUUAUUCGAUUUUCAAAGAAUCUGAAAUUCGAGGGUGCUUUGAAGUGGUCUGUGAAACAAUUGAAACAUUUCCAGACGGGCAAUCGAUUCAUCGAUUGAUUGCUGACGUUCUUUAUCAAAUGAUAAGAAAUGGCCGAAUCUAUCCACUCUCAGUACCCCAACGUCACGAUAUGGUGCAUCAUCUGCUAAAUAUUUUGGAUUUUUGGCAAAAUUGGUAUGGAGACGUGGAACAAACAAAAACCGUUGAACUCGUUUGGGCCUGCCUGACUGACGAAAUUUUUCUGACGACUCCAAAUUUGAAUCUCCGCCAAAUUUUUGAAGUGGCACUAGAGAAUGUAUUGUUUUCUGAAAUUGUAAAAGAAAAUUGUCUGAUUUCAAUGGUGAAAUCUCUUCAUUUUAUGGAUUCCAAGGGAAAAGAGCAAAUUUUGAAAGAUUCGGAUUACUGUAGAAAAGUACUCAACCUUUUACAUUCGCUGUAUACUCGAGGAAAAGCGAAAAUGUACAAAUUGGUGUUCAAAUUGAUAAAUAAAGCGGAUUUUGAGGAUUUUGUGAGAGCCGGAGGGAUUACUGUACUUUGUCGGCAUUUGAAAAAAUAUAGUUUUUGUAAAAGUUUGAAGUUUUUGAUCAAAUUGGCAACCAGGAUUCCCGAAUCGGAAGUGACAAGAAGCGAAUUUUUCAAAUGGGAAAAUUUGGGAAAACUUGUACGAUUCUUCAAAGUGUGCAAGAAGCGAAAUUCCAAAAAUCUGCCCAUGAUCAAGCACAAAACCUACCUGAUUUCUUCACUUUUUUCAAUAAUUCUGGCAUCGGUGAAUUCUGAAAAUCGUCAAUUUUUUGAAAAUCACGAAAAAAUGCUGAAAUCUGAAAUUGAGAAUUUCGCUCCAAAUUCAAUGUUUCCUUAUAAACUGAGCACUUUUCGGCACAUUUUUGAAAAUUCGAAAUUCGAUGGACCCGUUUUAUGGGCACUUUACACUAUUCAAGUUGGACGAGAACAUGAUGAAUUUCCAAUUUAUCGAAAUUUGAAAGGAUUGGACAGGAUUUUGAGAAAUUUAGAGAUGAGCAAUGGGAAUAAGGAGAUUCGAGAAAAGGCAAUGGUGACGAGAGAAGUGGUGGUUGAUGGAACGAAUUAUACAGCAGCUGAACCACAAUUUGUAAUUGUCUAUCAAAAAGGAGGAAAGACCACCGAGGAUCAAUUGUUUGGAAUUCCGCGAGAACGUUCGUCGUUCGCAGACUUUUUGUCAUUGAUGAGAGAUACUGUACCGCUUUAG